AUUGAGGGUUAAAGUGAAGGUAAUUUUGGGGUUUGGUGGUGAGGGACAAGGAGCGAGGCUGCCCAGUGUGAAGUUGUGAACCCACCGGCCGAGGAGAGAGACUAUUUACCAGCCUCUCCUUCAUCUACCCACGUUCCUACCUCCCCUACGUGCUGUCAUAAGAUGGCCGGCGUGGUGCUGGUGGUCGGGUCAGGCGGCAGGGAACACGCUCUGACCCUCUCCCUGGGCUCCUCCCCUGCCGUGACCUCCCUGCUGGUGACCCCGGGGAAUGCAGGGACCCUAGCCACCCCCAAGGUCACCCACAUAACCCUGCCACUGGGGGACCACGAGGGCGUGGCGGAGGCGUGCAGGCAGCGUGGCGUGGGUCUGGUGGUGGUUGGCCCCGAGGACCCAUUAGCUCAGGGCCUGGCGAACUCCCUCACCGCGGCGGGCAUCAAGGUGUUUGGGCCCAGCAAGGAGGCAGCGAGGAUAGAGUCUGACAAGUCGUGGGCCAAAUCCUUCAUGACCAGGCACGGCAUCCCCACCGCUGCCCACCACUCCUUCACCUCCCCGCAGGACGCCAAGGACUUCAUCAGCAAGGGUGUGUGGGCCGGGUAUGCUGUCAAGGCCUCGGGGUUGUCCGCAGGGAAGGGCGUCAUCGUGGCCGACACGCCCGCUGAGGCCUGCCAAGCUGUCGACACCAUCAGUAGCAGUUUCGGGGCGGCUGGGCAGACUAUCGUGGUGGAGGAGAAGCUGGUGGGGGAGGAAAUAUCGGUGUUGUGCUUCACCGACGGACAUACCAUCGCCGUCAUGCCCCCAGCUCAGGACCACAAGCGACUGGAGGAGGACGACCGAGGACCCAACACAGGGGGCAUGGGAGCCUACUGCCCCUGCCCACUUGCCUCUCAGAGCGACCUGGACACCAUACAGAGGGACGUCCUGCAGAAGGCUGUUGAUGGCCUGAGGAAGGAAGGAGCGCCGUUUGUUGGUGUGCUGUACGCCGGUCUGAUGCUCACCGCUGAUGGCCCCAAAGUCCUGGAAUUCAACUGUCGCUUUGGUGAUCCAGAGACGCAGGUUCUCCUUCCCUUACUAGAAGCCGACCUGUAUGACGUAAUGAUGGCAUGUGUUGAUGGGCGGCUGGCGGAGAUGCAGGUGCCCUUCAGCUGCGACAAGAGCUGUGUUGGCGUGUGCGUGGUCAGCGGAGGGUACCCGGGCGCCUAUCCCAAGGGCAAGGCAAUAAAAGGUGUGGGUGAGGUGGACAGCGAGGCGGGUGUGCAGGUGAUCCACGCUGGCACCAAGCUGGAGGGCGACACACUGGUGACCUCCGGCGGGCGGGUGCUGGCGGUGGUGGUGACUGGGCCGGCACUGGGGGAGGCUGCCACCAGGGCCACGCAGCUAGCCGGUCGCAUCACCUUCGAGGGCGCCACCUUCAGGAGGGACAUCGCGGCCCGGGUCACUGCCUCCGCUAGGUCUGGCCGAGGGCGGGGCGUCACCUACAAGGACAGCGGCGUCGACAUCAGCGCCGGCGAUGCGUUCGUGGCCGCCAUCAAGGAAGCCGCCACCGCCACGACCUGCCCCGGGGUGAUGGGCGGCCUCGGGUCCUUCGGCGGCCUCUUUGACCUGCGGGAGACCGGCUUCAAAGACCCGAUUCUGGUCUCGGGUACUGAUGGCGUUGGGACCAAGCUGAAGGUUGCUCAGGCGGCCGGGAUGCACGACACAGUAGGGCAGGACCUCGUGGCCAUGUGUGUCAACGAUGUCCUGGUCCACGGCGCCCGGCCUCUCUUCUUCCUGGACUACUACUCAACAGGGCGGCUGGAGGGGCGGGUGGCGGCCAGCGUGGUCAAGGGCGUAGCGCGGGCUUGUUCCCUCGCCGGGUGUGCCCUCAUAGGCGGGGAAACAGCGGAGAUGCCGGGAAUGUACAGCGCCGGGGAGUACGACCUCGCUGGGUUCACGGUCGGGGCGGUGGAGCGGGGUAAGCUGCUGCCCCGGACGAGUGAGAUUGCCGCCGGGGACGUGCUGGUGGGGCUCUCCUCCUCGGGGCUCCACAGCAAUGGGUUCAGUCUGGUGCGGAGGAUCGUGGAAGCGGAGGACCUGAAGUGGAGUGAUCCGGCGCCAUUCUGUCCUAGUAACACGCUUGGGUCCGAGCUGCUCACACCGACCAGGAUCUACUGCAAGAGCCUGACGAGGGUGCUGGAGGCGGGGCUGGUGAAGGCCGCCGCGCACAUCACCGGCGGCGGCCUGCUGGAGAACCUGCCCAGAGUGUUGCCGCCAGACCUCGCCGCACACCUCAAGGCUUCCCUCUGGCCAGUGCAUCCCGUGUUUGGCUGGCUGGCGGCACACGGUGUUAGCAGCGAGGAGAUGGCGCGCACCUUCAACUGUGGGCUUGGCAUGGUGCUGGUGGUGGCCGAGGACAGGCUCAAGGAGGUCAAGAGGCUGAUGGGGGAUGAACAGGCGCGCUACGUUGGCAGUCUCGAGGCUUGGAAGGAAGGAGCUCCCAGAGUGGUGGUGCAGGGCCUGGAGGAGGUGCUGAAGGCGGGGGUGUCUCCACUUCUCGCUCUCUGCCCUUCCCUCACCGCACCACGCAGAAGGGUCGCCGUGCUGAUCUCUGGCAGUGGGACGAACUUGCAGGCUUUGCUGGACCACACGAAGGGCGGGCUGAGUGCGGCGGAGAUAGUGCUGGUGGUGAGCAACGUGGCUGGUGUGAGGGGCCUGGAGAGGGCUCAGAAGGCGGGCGUGGCGACCAAGGUGGUUCCUCACAAGAACUACAAGACCCGGGAGGAGUUUGAGGCAGCGAUCACCACAGAGCUCAAGGCCGCCAGGGUGGAGCUCAUCUGUCUGGCCGGGUUCAUGCGCAUCCUGACCGGGUCGUUCGUGAGGGCGUGGCACGGACGGAUGCUCAACGUUCACCCAGCGCUCCUGCCGUCCUUCAAGGGGAUCCACGCCCAGCGGCAGGCACUCCAGGCGGGUGUAACGGUCACCGGCUGCACUGUACACUUUGUUUCGGAGGAGGUUGACUGCGGGGCCAUAGUGGCGCAGGAGGCCGUGCCCAUCCUGCCGGGGGACACCGAGGAGACCCUGUCGGAGCGCAUCAAGACGGCAGAGCACCAGGCGUUCCCCAGAGCCAUGGAGCUGGUGGCCCGCGGCAAGGUGGUGGUGGGGGAGGAUGGGAAGUGCACCAGGACGUAAGGAGUCGCUUCUUCCCGUCAGCCUGGACAUGACCUGCAGCAAGAUUUAAGUGCAAUGAGGCGUGUUUUCCAAUCAGUACUUGUAUUGGGGAAGAGACUAUUGUGGAAAGCUGAGUUGGGGUAUGGAAGAGUGAUAAACAUCUCUAUGGGACGUGUUUUUCAAUAUCUACUCUCAUUCCAAUUAGUUCUUCUUGUAUCGGGGAAGAAACCUUUAUGAAAACUUGAAUUGGGCUGUAGAAAAUUGUUAGUAUGUAUAAAAGAUAAACUGUUUAAACAAAAAUCAAAGCCUAUGUAGGAAGUUGCUCAAGAUGAAUGUACAAAGUUAGAUCUUUUAGUAUUCCUCUAAUUGCCAAUACUACAUGUAACUAUGAUGUACUAUGACUUGGGAAAACACCCUGAAUAGUGCUCAACCAUGACGUUAACUGUUAAAUACAUGUAUCUAUACUCUUUACAUGACUGUUCUGAAUUUUGUUUAUACUCUACAUGACUGUUCUGAAUUUUGUUGAAUAAAUAUAUGGAUAAUAAA